GUCAAUGAAACUUGUCGAUUGCUUGAAUAUAAGCUAGCAAAGAACCAAACAUUACGCGGUUGCAAUCAAGCCUGUAGUUUGUUAUUCAUCUGUCCGUGUCCUUUUUUUCUUUGCGUAACGCCCCUCUGGACGAUAGAGGGAUGUAAACAGUCCAGUAAAAAAGGAGAGAAGUCUUGGGGCACGAGUUUUCACGGGCAAAAGGCUUUGUUCUUGCUACAGCGGGCGCAAACGACCAAGAGGAAUGGCAAGUUAGGGACAGACGUGUGCCUUCGGCAUCUCCCGUUCAGCCCUGCCUGCCAGCUCCCCGCCACCGCCUCCCCCUCCGCGCUCCUUCCAGCCAGGGCAGCGGCAGCAGCUGUCCCAUUGCUGACAUUCCCCCUGCCGAGCAUUCCAGGCCUCUGAGAAUUUUUGUGGAUGCUUCCUUUAUUCAGAACUUGGAAGAAAACCUGCCAGUUUUUAAUGGCGGCUGCAGCUGCUGCUGGAUGAUCAUCUGAAACUCUUAAUAGAAAAGAAAAUAUUGCUGGAUGGUUUUCUGUGACUUUUUGUGAAUGAGUGAAGGAAGAAAUGCCUCUACCUUUUGGGCUGAAGUUGAAACGAACUCGACGCUAUACAGUAUCUAGCAAGAGCUGUUUGGUAGCCCGUAUUCAUCUACUUAACAAUGAGUUUGUGGAGUUCACACUAUCGGUGGAAAGCACUGGGCAGGAAAGUUUGGAAGCUGUGGCACAGAGACUUGAACUUCGAGAGAUCACCUAUUUUAGCCUUUGGUAUUUCAACAAGCAGAACCAGCGCAGGUGGAUAGACUUGGAUAAGCCUCUCAAAAAGCAACUGGAUAAAUAUGCAUUGGAGCCAACCGUAUUCUUUGGUGUGGUGUUUUAUGUGCCUUCUGUCUCUCAACUUCAGCAGGAAAUUACCAGGUACCAGUAUUACCUACAACUAAAGAAAGAUAUCUUGGAAGGAAACAUACCUUGCACGUUUGAGCAAGCAAUUCAUCUUGCUGGGUUUGCUGUUCAAGCUGAUUUUGGGGAUUAUGACCAGUAUGAAUCACAAGAAUUUUUACAGAGAUUCGCCUUGUUUCCUGUGGGUUGGUUGCAAGAUGAGAAGAUGUUAGAAGAAGCAACUCAGAAAGUGGCACUACUCCAUCAAAAAUACAGGGGCCUCACACCACCUGAUGCAGAAAUGUUAUAUAUGCAAGAAGUUGAGAGAAUGGAAGGUUAUGGUGAAGAGGCCUACCCUGCUAAGGAUAGUCAAGGAAGUGACAUAUUCAUUGGAGCUUGUCUUGAUGGAAUUUUUGUCAAACAUAAAAAUGGUCGUCCUCCUGUAAUAUUUAGGUGGCAUGACAUUGCUAAUAUGACCCACAACAAAUCUUUUUUUGCAUUAGAAUUAGCCAAUAAAGAAGAGACAAUCCAGUUCCAAACUGAAGAUAUGGAAACAGCAAAAUAUGUGUGGAGGAUGUGUGUAGCCAGACACAAAUUUUACAGAUUAAAUAAAUGUAGCCUAGACUCCCCAGAUUCUUCGCCUGAAGAAGGCUCUCAGAAAUCUUUCCUCAUUCUUGCCUUUCCACGCUUUCCAAUCCUUUCUCGUCCUUCUCUGCCCAAAGGACAAGCUCAGACAGUGACAGUGAAUCCAGUUAGAAGACGAUCAUCCUCCAGGUUGUCUCUGCAGCCCAAACCACAGCCUUAUAUGAUGCCACCACCACCUCAGUUACACUACAAUGGACACUACCCAGAACCAUAUACAUCGUCGCAAGAUAAUCUCUAUGGAACUAACCAGAAUGGCUAUUACUGCCAUUCUCAGACUAGCUUGGAUAGAGCGCCGCAUGACUAUAAUGGUAGAAUCCGCAACGGCAGUGUCUACAGUGCUCACAGCACAAAUUCCUUGAAUAACCUGCAGCACUAUAUGCAGCCAUCACCUAUGUCCUCCAACCCAAGCAUUACUGGCAGUGAUGUCCUCCAUUCAGAUUAUGUCCCAUCGCAUCGACAUAGUGCCCUAAUACCCCCUUCCUAUCGGCCUACCCCAGAUUAUGAGACUGUGAUGAAGCAACUAAGCCGAGGAAUGAUGAAUUCAAACAAACAGAGUCAUUCCAUGAGAAACCUUAAUAUAGGCAAUUCAUACGCUUACAGUAGGCCUGAUGCCCUGGUAUACAGUCAGCCUGAAAUCCGAGAACAUGCUAACUUUGUUUCCCCCCAUUCUGGUCAUUAUCCAUUUAAUCUGAAUUACAGCUUCCACAGCCAGUCCUCAUAUCCGUAUCCUCCUGAAAGACGCUUGGUAGUUGGAGCAGUGAGCGUUCCUGAAUUAACAAAUGUUCAAUUGCAAGCUCAAGAAUAUCCUGCACCAAACAUCAUGAAGACUCAAGUAUACCGCCCUCCACCUCCUUAUCCUUAUCCACGACCUGCUAACAGCACACCAGAUCUAUCCAGACACUUCUACAGCAGUAAUAGUAACCCUGAUCUCAUCACCCGACGGGUCCAUCACUCUGUUCAGACGUUCCAGGAGGACAGUCUGCCAGUUGCCCAUUCCCUUCAGGAAGUGAGUGAACCUUUGACAUCAGCUCGGCAUGCUCAGUUGCAGAAGAGAAACAGCAUUGAAAUUGCUGGCCUGGCGCACAGUUUUGAGGCCAUGAGGAUUAAAGAGAGAACCAUGUCAGCCUCAACUGCGGAUGUGGCUCAUCCAAAGGCAAUCCCUUCUGGGUCACAGACUUCUGUAUUCCUAGAAAAGGCAAAACAAGAAGAAAUCAAGGAGCAAGAAGACAAUGUGAAUUAUGGGCAUAAGAAAUCUCUUUCAGAUGCAACAAUGCUCAUUCACAGUAGUGAGGAAGAGGAAGAAUGUGAAGACGAAAGUAAGGCUAAUCCAGCACUGCCAUUCAUCAAUGGAAAACCCCAGCUUCCUUCCCUAAUAGCAUGUUAUCCAACUGAAUCUUUAUUGAAUUACCCUUAUAGUUCCGUUCCUUCAUCUCCUGGUCCUUUACAUAUACAUGAGCCCAAAUUGCACAUUACUGAGACUGACAAGAGGGUAAAAGAUGUGAGCCCUUCACACAUCAUGGGUGACUCUCAGGUGCUAAGGAGAGGAGACGGGCUGCUAACUCCAUCUGUGUCAGAGUCUGACUUAACCAUUUCUGCCCGCUAUAGAGUGCGGAAGGAUUCUGUAAAGAAGAGACCAGUGUCUGAAUUACUGUCAGGGAAGAAGAAUAUUGUAGAAGGGCUGCCUCCUUUAGGGCAGGUCAUGAAAAAGAACAGAGCUGAAGCUAAAAAAAUGGGACCUUUGAAGUUAGCGGCUCUGAAUGGACUAACAUUAUCUCGUCUUCCUCUGCCAAGCGAGGGGAAGGAAGAAUCUCCCAGAACAACAAAUGAUGAACGGUUUAAAGGUUUGGAACAACGGUUAGACCAAGGGAUGGUGUUUACAGAAUAUGAACGGAUUCAAAAGAAAAGGCUGGUAGAAGGUGACUGUUCAAUAGCCUGUCUCCCAGAAAAUGCAGAGAGGAACCGAUUCCAGGAUGUGCUUCCUUAUGAUGACACCAGAGUUGAGCUAGUCCCUACUAAGGAAAAUAAUACAGGUUACAUCAACGCAUCACACAUUAAGGUCUGUGUUGGGGGCAUGGAGUGGGAUUAUAUUGCAACCCAAGGUCCUUUGCAAAAUACAUGCCAAGAUUUCUGGCAGAUGGUAUGGGAGCAAGGGGUUGCCAUUAUAACCAUGGUGACAGCAGAAGAGACAUUAUGUUUGCAGGAAGGCGGCCGAGAGAAAAGUUUCCGAUACUGGCCACGACUUGGUUCAAGGCACAACACAGUGACCUAUGGGAGAUUCAAGAUUACCACUCGCUUCCGGACAGAUUCUGGUUGCUAUGCCACCACAGGUUUGAAGAUUAAACACCUCCUCACAGGACAAGAAAGAACAGUUUGGCAUCUUCAGUAUACUGACUGGCCAGAGCAUGGUUGCCCAGAAGACACAAAAGGGUUUCUGUCAUAUUUGGAAGAGAUACAAUCAGUACGCCGGCAUACCAACAGUACCGCAGACCCUGCGAUUCCCAAUCCCCCUCUACUGGUGCACUGCAGUGCUGGUGUAGGAAGAACUGGAGUGGUCAUCCUAUCAGAGAUCAUGAUUGCCUGUUUGGAGCACAAUGAGGCACUGGAUAUUCCAAGGAUGCUAGAAAUGCUGAGGCAGCAAAGGAUGAUGAUGGUGCAAACCCUAAGCCAAUACACGUUUGUCUAUGGUGUUCUCAUCCAGUUCCUUAAGAGUUCGAGGCUUAUAUAAGCUUUCUCCACUCAACUUCAAAAGUCUACUUCUUUGCAAGAGUUUACAAAAGCAGAAGUUUGCCUUCCAGGACUACAUGCUUCUUGUGAAGUUUGAAAAUUCAGUAUGCAACUGGACAUUGCUUUUGCAGAGGUCAUGUUGAAGCGGAAAAGAAUGUGGGGGUGAUGGUGGUUUGAAAUGGGAAUUUGGGUAGGUGCACCAUGAUUCAUCGUGUUCUUCCGAUGAAACACUGUAGGCACACAACUGCUGUUCCUAGGAAGACAUUACUGCGCUACGCUGAAAAUCAUGAUGGUCAUAAUUUUAUGAAUGGAAAGCUAUACUGAUGUAUACUUGUAGAUAGACUGUGGUGAAUGAAGUGUGCCCUGCCUAUAGAGUAGUCAUAAAUGGCAUCAUUGUGCUUGGUUUUUUUAUUUCAAUCUCUGUGUGUGAAUGUUUGUGUGUGUGCUGAUUUUUAUAUUGGAAACAGCAUCAGAAAAGCCAUUAAAGGAAGCACUUAAAGUAGAGACUGUUGGGCUAUUUAUUUAUUUUUUUGCCAGAAGUGGGGCACUUCUCUAGAAACUGCAGGCUACAGGCAGCACACGAUAAAAUAAAUUGAGUAUUUUGUUUAAGAUUUGUAACAGGAAAAGAGUUAAAUGGAAGAUAGUAAUGGCUGAUAAAAUUUGUGGUACAUUAAAAAAGUAGUUGGCAAAUCUUUGAAGGGAAAAAAAGUGAAAAUGAGAUGGCAGAGGCCAGGAUAAAAUUUAUAGCUGCUGUUGUAUUAUCCUCCAGUAAGAAAUGAUCGUUGGGUCACAUUCCAGGUCAAAAAGUACAGUAAAAGGAAAAGGUUAUCCUAGGAAAUCCCGUGUAGUUCCUCAAAACUUCAUAAAGUAGUUAUCAAUGAAGUGUAGCUCCAGAAUGAUUUUUUUAAGGAACAGUUUGUUACUUCUGGUUGAAAUCAAGGUGAAUAGAGAUGAAUAUUUAAACACUUGUUUAAAUAUUUUAUUUAUCUAGGGGAGCGGUAUGUUUAUCUGCUUAACAUGCAAUUUUCAUUUUAGAAAAAGGUAUUGAAUGUGGCGUGAGUAAAACAGAAUUUGAUUUAAUGUGGAAUGUGGUAUUGGUCUGCAUAAUUUAGCAAAGUGGCUGUAAAAUUGCUUUUGUUAAUUCCUUUAUCAAGAAAGUAAAAAGUAAAAAGAAAAGAAAAAAGAAAAGAAAAGAAAAGAAAAGAAAAAAGGGAUGUUUUUUAGAGUCACCGAAUUUAUUUCUCUUUUCCUCUGGAUAACAUCUCCAAAGCAGCCUCUCCAAUAACAUUAUGCUAACAUUAGAAAGUCUGCUUGCUUAUUAAAGCAGAAGUGACUGGUGGAAAGUGUUUCUAUGAAAAGCAAAAAAGUUAUGUAUUUUCCAUUAUGCUGUACAGUGUGCCAAAGAGAAUGGAAGGGAGGGAAGGAAGGAAGGAUGGAUGCAUGCAUGCCUCAGGCAGUCAUACAACACAGUAAGCAUAGUAUGAUACUUUGAACAACAUGGGAGCUAUUUCUUCAAAGCAGUACUAUUUGUCCUUUUGAGAUUAUUAUAGUUUGUUAAGCCAGAAGUCAAAUUGAUCUAUGUUUGUGGUGCAGACUCUAAGAAAUAAUUCUUUUACAUUUUAGUCAUGUCUAUUCUUCCAUUAUACACUCUCCAGUUGAGAUGUCAAAAGGUGUUUCUGUGAUGCUUAGAUUAUUUGAUUGGUCUUCAUGGCAAAAAGAAAAAAACAAAAAAAACAGAUGGGUUGGUACCUGUGAUGCUAAUUUCCAAUGUGCAGUCUCAAUGUUCCUUGUUUUUUUCACCACUUGGGAACUGUGUGUAUGAACUGGUUUUCCAGGCAAUUUUUACCAGGUGAUAGUAGCAGUUUUUUUUUAAAAUGAUCCAUUUAAGAUGUUGGCUUUUGCCUAUCUUCCUUGAAUGAGCAUUUCAUUUUGAAAAACUAUCUUCUUCAGAAUUGCUUUUCAGAAAGUUAGAUAUUUGGCAUAAAUGCUUAAUGGAAAGAUGGGGCCAUGCAUUAGGAAGGGCUGAAGAGACAUUUGGAAGUGUUGGUGGCUACAAUACUGUACAAUAAUUUGCAGAAUGAUGUUCUUAAACCAUUCAUUUUAACUUUUGAAAUGGUAGUCCAAGUUUAUAAAAGUGUGUUCCAAAUAGUUUUUGAAAUUCAAAUUUUAAUUUUUAAGGCUUAGUUAAAUUCUGUCUUUUGGCUCUCUAACGUUCUGUGAAAAAAUAUUUAGUGUACAUUUUCUGUAAAAUGAAACUGCUGUUUAUUUGGGCCUGGCUUGCACAGCACAAAGUAGAAAGGAAGAAGUGGAAUUUUAAUAUUAUGGAUGAACCUAUUUAUGAGGUGAGUUGAAACAAUAGCAGGUCUCAGAGCUCAAGGAUUCUGCUCUUGUCUGUUUCUCAGCUGGGAUCUCUUCUACCAGUUACACUUGGUAGGGGUGGGAUGUAGUGAUUUCUCUGUUCUGUGCUUGAAUGAUCCAUGGCCUUAACUAGCAUCCAUCACAGAGCAAAAUGUACUGCAAAGUGAAAUCAUCCUCUAAAUAUCUAAAUUACAUGCAUUUUGUAACUUUCAUGUGAACAGUGAUAAACUGUUGCAAGCAAUAUGAUUUAUAUGGUUGCUUUGCUGUUUGUGUAUGUGGUUUGAUGUUCUAAAAUCUAAGCUCAAGAUCAAAUUUAUAAGCUAUGACACUUACAAACAAACCUAUUCCAGUGCAGUGAAGGAGAGUGAAAAAAAUCUCAAUGGCACAACAUUGCACUGUCCAAUCUAUGUACAAACCAGAGAACUAUGGGUUUACUCCUUUCUUUGUGAAGCAUACUCUUUUCUUUCCUAAUCUUCAAAAUGUAAUUGUAGGUCAAAUUACUGCAGAUAAACUCUCACAUUACUAUGAGCAGGAGGGGAAAUAUUUUGAAGAAUGUAAAAGACUGGAAAGAGAGAAGAAUGCUCUCUGAAUUGAGGAUCUUGUUGCUACAAUACUGUAGGGACCAGUUUCUUUGCCUUUCUCUUACCUUUUGGGGGUAUCUAGUUCUUUCCAACUCAGUUGUUGCUCUAUUCUGAAUGUAUCUUUUGGGCAUAAUUUUCUUUAAACUGAAUUUUAUGUUUUGAACAAACUACUAAAUGAACUAGUAUGUUGUUUGGCCAAAAUCACUGUUGACAUGAUGCUGUGUUAUGAAAUUAAGUAAGUGCCGCUGUGAUUUUUUUUCCUCAAAGAAGUCCCAUGGUGCUAAAUAAAAUAGCAUGAAGCAAACCA